AUGGAGAUGCAUGAACCGAAUGACGAUCUUUACGAAUACGAUGGCUUCAACGUGAAGCCAUCACCCGUGCCGAAUGCCAUACCCUACAGACAGCUAAGACAGGACUCCGGUAUCGAUUUCAACCUGAUAAGCGCUGCUAUGCACCACGGGUCCGUUGGGACACUCUUUGCAUCACAAUACACAACAAAGAAUUCAGCGCAAGGAACAGCUGAAGAUACAACGCAGAGGCUGACAGGCUCUGAGUAUUCGGUUUUUGCCAUCCACGAUGCCAGUACUGAACGCAAGCGGAGUGUCGCCAGUAAAACCAUCGCUGAGUUGGAUGAAUUCGAACUACCUCAAAGACUUACCAACAAUGAAGCAUAUCCUUCUGCUGAGAGAGAAAUGGCAGUGUACGUUUCAUGCAAGCAUUCACUCAAUGCCCACGCAGCAGAAAACUUCGACAAGCAUCAUUCAUCUCGGUCUGCAAUUGAGCGCAUCCAUGUUAUUCCAGCAGAUAAUGACAAUUCACCAAAUCGUUCAGUUCUGCUCAACGAUAAUACGGAUACGGAUGUUACUCUUCAGGACGAGCGCUUGAAUCGUCUCCUAUCUGUAGCGUUACCCCUGCUGCCGCACGAUGAAAUCUUCACACGGGAAGAAGAGCAAAAGGUGCGACAAGAGCAUGAUGCUAUCGAGCGUGCCCGUGCGAAAUACCUUGCAGAGGUGAUGAUUCCCGCAAAAGGCCAGGACGAGGGACCGAAGAGAUCUUCAUAUUCUAAGAGAGAAUCUGAACGACGCCAGCAAGUCGCAAGAGAACAAUCGGAAGAUGGAAUCCAGCAGGCUGAAAUAAGAGAGCAGUUGGAUUACGGUGAUCAACUCCUACAGGAUACACAGCACAUCAUGCACCUACAAGAUUCAAACAUGUAUAUCCUUCCGCGAGUGUGGAAUAUGGAAAAUCGCCCGCGAAGAACUCGAUUAUUCAGCAAUCUGCGCUUACUUUGCCAGUACCUAGGACGAGAAAUGUCAGUAGCCUACCUGAUUGGCGGGCGUCUCGAGUAUCUGCGAGCGGGACGAUCCAAGCAGCACGAAGUAGCAGUCAUGACGGAGAUGAAAUAUUUGGAAAAGCACAUAAAAAUGCGAGAGGAUGCUGAAAAUGACUACGACACACUCGUUUACGACUACUUGGGUUGGGCUAUCGCUCAAACUACAAAUGAAAUGAAAGAAAACAUCGAGAUGACAGCGUCUACAAUUGACAUCCCGCCCUUUAUGCUGCAAGAAUGGAUCGCACCAUCUCCACAACUACGAAAGCGCUUUCUUAGACUGCAAGAGCUGGAGAAGUCUCACUUUCCAGAACGCUUUGCCGCCAGACCUUCAACACUACCUCGCCCUCAAACCGAACCGUUACCUGUAUCUACGCCUGGAGGUCGACUGAUUCCAACACGAGGGGCGCAUUUGAGCACCGAUCAGUAG